AUGGUCCGACAACAGUCUUCAGCAGCCGGUGUACUGGCGUUGCUCCAGGAACCGGACCCCAUAUUCAAGCAACACGCUCUCAAGGCCCUCAUCCCGCUCGUUUCUCAGUUUUGGGCUGAGAUCUCAGAGCAUAUCGCUUCGAUAGAAGCCUUGUACGAAAGCAACGAACUCCCCAAACCCGCACGCGACGCGGCUGCUCUGCUCGCUUCCAAGGUCUACUACUUCUUGGGUGAAUACGAAGAAGCCCUCUCUUUUGCUCUUGGUGCCGGUGGCGCGUUCCAAUCCGAAGCGAAAGCAUAUGGAUCAGAGGAGUAUGUCGAAACCAUCGUUUCCAAAGCAAUUGAUCGAUACAUUCAAGUACGAACAGAAGAGGCCGCGGGUAGCAAAGAGAAGAUUGACCCUCGGUUACAAGCUAUCAUUGAGGGAAUCUUUGAUCGGUGUAUUUCUGAAGGCGAGUUUAAGCAGGCAAGUCUCACUACUGCGAUUGGAAUUGCACUAGAAUCGCGCCGACUGGAUAUCAUCUCCAAGAUUUACAGCCAAACCAAUGACGUCUCCCUUCUCAUCUAUGCCAUGGAAGGUGUCCUAUCAACCACCGCGUCCCUUUCGUACCGACAUCAAGUUCUCCGCUUCCUCUUCCCUCUGUUCCCGCAACCCAAGACUGGCGAUCAGUCUCCACACGUCCAUGCUGUUACUCGACUCCUCAUCUCGCUCAGCGACCCUGAAUUGACCAUCCCAUUCCUCUCAUCGCUCGUCUCCAAAGAGCCGCUGUUGGCAUACCAGUUUGGAUUUGAUUUGGUGGAAGGCGGUUCUCAGGACUUCCUAGAGAACCUUCGCGGUGCUCUGCCCGAGGGCGACGAGAAAACCAAGGCGAUUUACGAUAAGCUGCGACAGAUCCUUACUGGAAAGGAGUCUGUGAAGCUCUAUCUGGAAUUCUUGAAGCGCAACAACCACACCGACCCUCUCAUCCUGAAGAACUCCAAGGACGCGUUGGAGGCCCGUUCCUCGAUAUAUCACACCGCCUUGACUCUGCAAAACGCUUUCAUGAACGCAGGCACCACUUCCGACGUCUUCCUCCGCGAAAACUUGGAAUGGUUGGGACAUGCAACCAACUGGGCCAAGUUCUCCGCCACUGCAGGACUUGGUGUCAUCCACAAGGGCUUCUUCGAGCAAGGCAAAGUCAUCCUCGGCCCCUACCUCCCUCAAGCCGGUGGAGAGAGCAAUGUCCCAGGUGCCGCCUACUCCGAGGGCGGUGCUCUUUACGCUCUUGGUCUGAUCAACGCCGGUUGCGGUAGCGAUAUCACCACCGACCUUCGCGAAGCUUUGAAGUCAGCGCAGGGAGAGGUUGUACAACACGGUGCUGCUUUGGGCUUGGGUGUUGCUGGGAUGGGAUCGAAGAGUCUUGAGGCAUUCGAGGAUUUGAAGACAGUGUUGUUCACCGAUUCAGCUGUGGCGGGUGAAGCUUCUGGAUACGCAAUGGGUUUGGUCAUGCUCGGUACUGCUGCUGAGGAUGCCGUCCAAGAGAUGUUGCAGUAUGCUAGGGAAACCCAGCACGAGAAGAUCAUCCGUGGCUUGGCGAUGGGAACUGCUUUCAUCUACUAUGGCCGACAGGAGGAGGCGGAUGAUAUCAUCAAGACUCUUUUGGCUGAGAAGGACCCUAUUCUGCGAUAUGGUGGUGUCUACACGCUCGCGUUGGCAUAUGCGGGAACCGCCGACAAUGACGCUGUCCGACAGCUGCUUCACAUUGCCGUGUCUGAUGCGUCCGACGACGUACGUCGAGCGGCUGUGACUUCGCUUGCCUUUUUGCUCUUCAAGAACCCAACGCAAGUUCCCCGCGUCGUUCAAUUGCUCAGCGAGAGUUACAACCCCCAUGUCCGAUGUGGUGCCACUCUUGCUCUCGGCAUUGCAUGUGCUGGAACUGGUCUUCAGGAUGCCAUUGAGAUCUUGGAACCAAUGACCAAGGACAGCGUCGACUUUGUCCGCCAGGGUGCCUUCAUCGCCCUCGGUAUGAUCCUCGUCGAGCAAUCUGAAGCCUCUUCACCAUCCUUCGUUUCCACUCGCAACAAAUACUCCAAGGUCAUUGCUGACAAGCACGAAGAUCCUAUGGCUCGCUUCGGUGCUGCCCUGGGCCAGGGCUUCAUUGAUGCUGGUGGCCGUAACGUUACCAUCAGCUUGCAGAGCCAUGCUGGAAGCUCUAACACAAGUGCGAUUGUUGGUAUGGCUUUGUUCUGCCAGUUCUGGUACUGGUAUCCUCUUGCACACUGUGCUUGCUUGGCAUUCUCUCCUACUGGUAUCAUUGGUUUGAAUGGUGACUUGAAGGCGCCCGUGUUCGAGUUCGUUUCGAAUUCCAAGCCCAGCCUGUUUGCCUAUCCUGCACCUACCACUCCGCCCAAGAAGGAGACUGUCACGAAGGUCACCACUGCUGUUCUUUCGACAACGGCCAAGGUGAAGGCCAGGGAGAAGAAGAAGGCUGCUGCUGAGGGAGAGGGAAUGGACUUGGACAAGCCAGAGGGUGAGGGUGAUGUGGAAAUGAAGCCCGCGGAAGGGGAGGAGGGCAAGGCUAAGGAAGGAGAAGAAGGAAAGGCUACCCCACCCAAAAAGAAGUCGGAGCCUUCAACAGAAACCAAACCUAACCUUUCUCGUGUCACUCCUGCCCAACUUCCCUUCAUCUCGUUCCCCGCUGAUGGGCGAUACCAACCGGUACGCUCUGUUUCAACACGACCUGCUACCAAAGCACCUUCAAGUGCUGCUGCGUUGAGCGCAGAGAAGCGAACGGGAGGGGCUGGUAUUCUGCUCUUGAUUGAUCGACGACCUGAGGAAGAGGCCGAGUUCAUCUCGUUGGAGCCUACACCUAUACCCGAGCCUGAAGCACCUGCUGCUGCGCCUGCACAACAAGCACCAGGAGGGCAACCUAGAGGACGGCAUAUCGCGUUGGAUGAGGGUGAAGAAGCUGCACCGCCCCCGUCAUUUGAGUACCCGUUUGAGGAUUGAGUGAUUUAGAGGGGUUUGGUAUCACGCAAUCGGAUGUGGCAUGUACAUGUUGCCGUUGUAUUUUAAGGUUCUUUCGUAAAACGUUUUAAUGCAGAUUCUUCUUUCUACUUCUC